UAAAGAGAGAUUAAGAAAGUAGUAAUGAAUUACUACGUCUGUAUAUAAGUGAAAUAAAGGAGAAGAGUGAGAAAUAAUGAACUGUUUGGCUUGUGAAUUCCGCUCCACUUAACUCUUUCUCAUCAUUCAUUCCUUCUUUUUAUUAUUCUCCAGUCUCCACACAAUUUUACAUCUUUCUCUGCAACUCUUUCCUUCGAAGCAUGUCUCAAUCGCCAAUCCUCGCUGCUCUACUUUUGUUCUUCAUUUCCAUCCCGGUUUCAUCCUAUGAUGGGCCACUUUAUGAUUCAUCAGCUUACACUAAGUGUAAAAUACAACCUGAGCCACCUCUCUAUAAUGGAGGGAUGCUCAAGGAUCAGCAGCACACCAUUCCAGACACCGGAGAUCGACAAAAAUCAUCGUCGUUUUCUCUUAAAAACCUAGAUGCUGCCACAAAAUACUGCUUCUCCAUUUGGAUCAGGAUCAAGGAUGCCGAAUCAGCCAUGAUAACAGCCAGUCUAGUAACAGAAGACACACGCCUAAAAUGCAUCGGAACCGUGACAGCAUAUAAAGGAUGCUGGUCAUUUCUCAAGGGUGGAUUUGUAUUGUCUUCCCCUUCAUAUUCAUCCACCCUUUACAUCAAGUCUGCACUACAGAAUUCAGACAGUAAGGAUGUCGUCGGUAUAGAAAUCGCCAGCGCUUCUCUGCAGCCUUUCACUCCACAGCAAUGGAGACUCAAUCAAGACACCAAGAUCAAUCAGGCGAGAAAACGAGCCGUUACAGUUCAUAUUUCAGACAGGGAGGGCAGACAAGUGCAGGGAGCUUCAAUAAGAGUGGAGCAGCUAUCGAAAGACUUCCCCUUCGGAUCAGCCAUAGCCGAAAGCAUCAUAGGAAAUCCUCCCUAUCAGAAAUGGUUCGUGGAGAGAUUCAACGCAGCAGUGUUCGAAAACGAGCUCAAAUGGAACGCAACCGAAUUCAUACAAGGCCAAGUGAACUACACUCUCCCGGACAAGAUGCUAGAAUUCGUGCAAGCCAACCAAAUAACAGUGAGAGGCCACAACAUCUUCUGGGAGAAUCCACAAUACAUCCCCAAUUGGGCUCAAAACCUGACCGGAUCCGCCCUCGAAUCAGCAGUGACCUCACGAAUCCAGAGCCUUAUGCACAAGUACAGAGGAGACUUCGUGCACUGGGACGUCAACAACGAGAUGCUCCACUUCGACUUCUACGAGGACCGCCUCGGCCCCAACGCCACGCUGCGCUUGUUCAAGGCCGCCCACCAAUCCGAUCCCCUCGCCACGCUCUUCAUGAACGAGUUCAAUGUGGUGGAAACCUGCAGCGACGCAGAAUCAACGGUUGAUGCUUACGUUUCAAGGAUGCGAGGCCUCCAACGGGGAGGAGUCACGGUGGGUGGGAUCGGGCUGCAGGGCCAUUUCGAUGUGCCUAAUCCGCCAUUGAUGAGAGGCGUUCUUGACAAAUUAGCCACACUUGGCCUUCCUAUAUGGCUCACUGAAGUUGAUAUAAGCAGUGAAUUCACCAAGGAAACACAGGCUAUGUACUUGGAGGAAGUGGUGAGGGAAGGGUUCUCGCAUCCGGCGGUUAACGGGAUUGUGCUGUGGUCGGCGUUUCGUCGGGGGAGGUGUUACCAGAUGUGUCUGACGGACGGUAACUUUAGCAACCUUCCGACGGGAGAGGCGGUGGACAGGCUAAUGAAAGAGUGGAGUAGUGAUGGGUUGGAAGGGAGAAGUGAUGAGCAUGGUUCUUACAGCUUCUUUGCUUUCUUAGGUGAAUACAAAGUCACUGCAAAGUAUGGUGAUAAAACGGUUGAUUCCACAUUUUCUCUCUCACAGGGCAGAGAGACCAGACAUUUUAACAUCCAACUCUAGCUGCUUUGCUUUGUGUUUUCUUUUGUAAGGCCCAACAGAAGGUGGUCUAUACAACUCUUAUGUUCAUUGAUUAGUUUCCACAAUAUAUAAUAUACUUUUGUUCUAGAAAGUUUUUCACAUUUUUUUCAUUUGUAUUCGUCCUACAAAAUUUAUUAUUCCUCCCGUCCCAUUGAA